AUGCAAGUUGUUGACUGUAUUGGAAUAGAUUUAGGAACAACUAACUCAUGUGUUGCCUAUUAUAAAAAUAGUGAAUAUCAUGUUGUUAGUGAAAAUGGCCGUGGUUAUAUUCCUUCCGUGAUUGCUGUUGAUGGAUACAAGACCAUUUGUGGAUUUCCAGCUGAAUUACUUAAAGGAAGGAAGAAUGCGGCAUAUGAACUGAAACGUAUAUUGGGUAAGAGAUUUUCAGAUCCAAUAGCACAGGAAUGCAAAAGACCUGAUGACAGUAUAAUUGUUCAUUUGCAAGAUAAGGAACGCAGCUAUGAUCUUGCAGUGAACGAGUUGUAUUCAAUGCUGAUAAAAAGUAUUAUUGAGAAAAGUGAGGCUGUUAUUGGGGAUACUGUGAAAAAAGCUGUUAUCACUGUUCCGGCUACAUUUUCGGAUAUUUAUCGUUCCAUUACUAUGCUCUGUGCUGAGGCAGCUGGAUUGGAGGUUGUUCAAAUACUGGAGGAACCUGUGGCAGCGGCAAUUUGUUAUGCUGACCAAAUUGAAAACAACAGUAAUGUGUUGGUAUUCGAUAUGGGAGGUGGUACUUUUGAUGUCUGUAUUCUUGAAAUUACAGCUGAUGAGCAUGGACAACGAUUAUAUAAAAAGCUGGCCACAGAUGGCGAUCCUUUCUUAGGGGGAAUGGAUAUUACCAAGAAGUUAGCAGAAUCUGUUAGAAAACGAUUACAGGAUGCUGGGCGUGACAUUCCUAACGAAAGCAAGCUCCUCAGUAUGUGUGAGAAAGUAAAAAUAGAAAUAUCGAUGCAUGACUCAGCCGAUUUGGGUAACUAUAAUGAUGAUUAUGAAGGUAUUCUUGUUACUCGAGAUGAGUUAGAACGUUAUAUUUCUGAUAUAACCAAUAAGGCUAUUCAGAUUGUAAACAGGUGCGUGGAAAGAGCCGGAUUGGCAGCUGUAAAUAUUGAUUCUGUUAUCAUGGUGGGAGGUUCAUCUAAUUUGGAGUAUUUUAAAGGAAAGCUAAAUCAGAUAUUCCGAAGAGUAGAAAGAACUCUAAAUGUAGAGGAAGCCAUAGCUAAAGGUGCCUUGAUGUAUUAUAUGGGAGUGAAUGGAAUGCUCAACAACACCCAAAUUGUGUUGAGGAUGGAAACGAAUGCUCGCUAUGUGAUUCAACAACCAAAUGACCAGGUCUAUGUGAUGAUUGAUAAUAAGAGGCCCUAUGGAAUUGAAAUACAGAAGAAGUUCACCACAUUCCGAGAUGGCGAUUCGUUCAUCCAGCUUCCUUUGGCCCAAGGAAAUAGCAAUCUAUUCAGCGAGAAUCAGUACAUUGGCCGUCUUAUAAUCCGCAAUAUCCCAAUCAAGCCGAAGGGAGAAGUGGUUGUCACUGUGCAUUGCAAGGUCGAUAUGAAUGGAAUCGUGCAUUUCUCUGCGAAAAUGGAUCCGAUCGAUGGUUUCCCCGAGCGAGACGCCGUUGCGGAACUGUCGAACCCCGUGCUGCCAACAGAUAGGGAAGAGGUGGUUCAGACGAUUAACUACUAUGGCAAGAAACGUGAGGAAGUCGAGAAGCAGAAGCAGAAAGUGCGAUGUCAACAACAGCUGAUGAAGAUGAAAUCGUGCUUAUCCGAUCGCAGAUACGAAGGAAAUAUGUGGUAUUAUUAUUCGCUCGUUCAAAAUUGGUGUGAUUAUGCGGAUGUUACGUCUAAGGAAUACGAAACGGUGAUCAAUGGCAUCCUUGACCAAUUGGGAACAGAAGGUUUUAUGCGGCACGAAGUCGAAGUGGCCUAAGUCUUGUAAUUGUU